AUAAAAAUCAUUUCUCGACUUUCCCUUCCCUUCCCGAGCCCAGCUUCUCGCCUUUUCUACAGCAUGGGUUCUAAAGUCAUUCCUCUCAUCGUAGCUCUUAUUUCUUUAAAUUCUUUAUCCGCUCAAUCACCAACUGCCGCUUGUGUGGCCUGUGUGAACAAUCCCACUCAAUACUUCAACACGGCUACGAACACUUGCGUGAAUCUCGUUCUCUGGGGCCUGCGGGACGCCGUCUGUGGCCUCACUCUCCCCAACUCAACCGCUGUCUGUGAUCCGUUCAAUUGCCCUGUUGACCCACCAUCGACUUUCGCCUACAAUGAGAACAACGCAAAAAAUGUUUAUUGGAGAUUGCAAGGAGCAUUGAAGCUAGACACCGCCUCGCCUACAUUCACCCAGUGUACGCAAAAUGCUGCCUCUGAUAUUAUUUUCGUUGAUCGUGUCAAUGUGACUUGUGGAGUGCCGUUUCCCAUUGAUACAUGCAUUACUGAUGUCUAUGUGAUCCCAUCGCUUUCACAAAUCGUUUCGGUCUCUCGUGGAUCGAACAAUAUCACACAGAUUUUUCAAAUGGUGUUGACACUUGCCGCUCCAAUCUAUCCAAUUCUUUCAAAUGGAAAUAAUGGAAUGUUGGCUAUCAGCUACUUCCAAGAUGCGGCCAAUAAAACGUGGGAAGGUGGCCUUGGCGCAGCACUUCAAUCGUUGUUGACCAAUCCGACUUACUCUAGCUACAAGUUCGUUUCCGCCGGUCACUCACUCGGUGGUCCACAAGCAAUCAUCUUUGCCUCACUGGUCGGUAAACUUGGAUUGCGUCCGACGAAUCAAAUCGAAGUGUACACGACCGGGCAACCGCGCAUGGGAAACCGCAAAUACAUGGAAUCCGUCUAUCAAUAUGCUCCUCAAAUCUAUCGUAUCGUCAACCACGUCGAUCUGAUCGCGAUCACUCCACUCCGCACUAUCGCCAACCCGCUCAACGUGCAACACACCAAUUGGGUGCCGACACGUACACCCGAUGCAAUUGGCCCGAGCAACCGGCUUGCAUGGGCUAUACCCUUGCUGACUCGU